AUGGCCGAGGAUUUCCCCCAUUAUCUGAAGGUUUUCUAUACCAAUCCCUAUGAAACGAAAUUCAGCCUCGGUCAACACGCUCACGACUUCCGCUUCACGGUGUCGAGGGGACCUAUCGGAUCGAAAACAAUCCUCACUCUUCACGAAGGGUCGACCACAGACGGCCAGAUCUCAGCUAUUGGGAAAGAGACAGGCUGGUUCCAUCAAGGAUAUAGGAUGGCCAACGAAAUCAUCCUUCCUCCUAUAGGAGAAUACCCUAACAUGUUCACUUCGACCAUGAGACCCGAACAGGAGUUUACUCGUCGUUGGUACCAGUUCACGAUGAAGGUGGGCGAGGGCGAGGGGUUACACAGCGAGAAAUUUGAAUGGCGACCUACUCAAGGCAACGAGAUCAAAGCCAUGUUCAAACAUGCCAAAGGGUUUAAGCUGGUACGAGUGGGGGCCGAAGGACCUGGUGACGGACGGGGCGGGAAGAGACAAUCGAGACAGUUGGGGGAAAGCAGCGAUGGCAAGGAGGUAGUCGCCGUUUGGGCAACCAAAAAAGUUAUACUAUCCAUAAGCCGCAGUCCCUUCAAGUUCGAGCUUCUUGGGAGCGGCAAGACCGGCGAAUUGGGUCGACACUUCGGGUACAUGGCUCUUAUGACGGCACUUGAGACCUGGUGUUUCCAGGUUUUGAGAAUACACGACGACUACUCCCCUUAUGUCGCUCGCCAUUGA